AUAAGGUUGGUCAAUGGUUGUUAAUGUAAAACCAGAGUAGAACAAUGAAUAUUAUAAGUGUGCAUUUAUCAGUGCAAAUCUUGCGCUCCAGGUCCAAGCUUCAAUCAGUGCUUUUAAAUGUGACUGCUGAACUUAUUAUCUUUAUAUCUCCCUUAAUCUGGUCAACGUAGUUCGCUAUUUCAUAGUUUGUUUCACGUUUCUUUUAUUAUCAUUUUUUCACCUUGAAUAAGGGAUGCGUGGCAUCUGAUACGUCAUAUCAUAAUAGAUUUUAUGGACUCAUAAUUUUUGCUUUUUGUCAUAAUUUCUGAUUGCCACAGUGCUCUUCAAAAGCAUCCCCUAGGUACUUAUUUUUUGUAAAGUCAUGAUAGCAAGUUGAAAUUCGGGGUAAUGAUAUUGGUAUCAGUAAAAUGUAGGGUGUUCCAAAAUGGAUCAAAAACAUGCUUUAUUGAAUUAUUAACAUGAAUGCAACACUUCAGCAACACUAUUUAAUGUUUAUCUUGUGGUGAGGCAAGGCACAGUUUGGUAGAAAAUUUGACGUUGCUUUUCAAAAUUCCGAACAAAAUUGCUUGAAAUAACCUGAGUAGUAAUUUGGAGCUCUAUAACGCAUUACAAAAAGCUUAGCAUUCACAAAAACGCUCGGAAAGCUUUAGAUCGGGUUUGAUUUGAUAUUUUUUUUAAAUAGACGGACACAGAUUCAACCUUCUUGAUACUAUUUCUGCUGAGUUGAAAGGAAUUUCGCAAAGAUUCACGAUCCUUUUGCGAACAAAAUGAUAAACAUUAAAACAUUAACAGUUAAAUUCUAUACAGCUUGUACAUAAGUACAGUGAGCAUGUUUCAGAUCAUAGUAGUUACCAUCUUACUACAAGCAAAGUGUUAUGGAGCUACAUCUCCUCCAAUUCUUGGAGCCAUCGAAAAUGUAACUACUGACACCAGACACAGUUUUAAUACACUUAUGGAGCAAAUUGUCUAUGGGCUAAUGAAUGCAUCUGCUGAUUUUCAAAGCGUUUAUCCUAUGUAUCCCAUAACAGAUAAACCAUAUUUAGAUGACUACUUUGACUUCAUAGUGGUGGGAGCGGGUCCGUCAGGAUGUGUUAUCGCAAACCGACUAACAGAAAACAAACAUGUUACGGUCCUGCUGUUAGAAGCUGGCGAAGAACCAAGCGCAUUAGUAGAGAUACCAAUCUUAGCAUUUGGAGCCACAGUGUCUAAAUACAGCUGGUGGUACAAACCAGAACCACAAAAAGAAACUUGUACAGGAUGUAUAAAUGGAAGGACGCAAUGGUAUCACGGAAAAGGACUUGGUGGUAGUACCCUAAUCAACUUGAUGCUGUAUGUCCGCGGUCACAAAAGCGAUUUUGACGAUUGGGAACGUCAAGGGAAUGACGGUUGGGGAUAUGAUGACGUACUUCCCCUAUUCAAGAGAUCUGAACAGGUUCAUGUCAAAGUGUACGACAAGGAGUAUCAUGGAAGACAUGGGUAUCUGAGUACCAGCGAUCCCUCAUACGCCUCAAGAUUGUCGCAAGUUUGGGUUCAGGCUGCACAAGAGGCUGGAUAUGCUUACGUCGAUUAUAAUGGGAAAAGUCAAAUUGGGGUUUCAUUCCUCCAAAGUACCACAUUGAAAGGUAGACGAGAGCAUGCCGAAAAAGCGUUCCUGAGGCCUUUCCGUUACAGACAAAAUUUGGUGAUCAGAAAGAAUUCUAUUGUCACGAAGAUUCUCAUAGAUCCGAACACAAAAGCUGCGUACGGCGUUGAGUACGAAAGUAUGGGGAAGACAUUCACUGUAACAUGCAAAAAAGAAGUAAUAUUGUCUGCUGGGGUUUUCAGUUCUCCGAAGCUACUUAUGUUGUCUGGUGUAGGACCCAAAGAAACUCUCGAAAGAUUUGAUGUUCCUGUCAUUCAAGAUCUACCUGUCGGAAAAAUAAUGUAUGACCACUUGUUUUUCCCGGGCUUAUCGUUCACAGUGAACAAGCCUAUAACACUGAAUGUUUUACCAUACCUCAAGCCACAAAGUUAUGUGGACUACGUCGACUAUGGAUCUGGAACUUUAGGAUACUGCUUGGCUGAAGUGAUGCAUUACAUCAACGUCAACGUAACAAAUUCCUCAAAUUCUAACCCAGAAGCAUCUGACGUAGAAUUGAUGGUCACCGGAGGAAGCGUAGUUGCCGACUUUGGCUUUUGGUCUAGAAGAUACUUAAAUAUUCCCCAAGAACUAUAUGACAAAAUCUGGAAGCCCCUGGAAUUUGUCCCAGUAUUCAUGGUAGUUCCAGUGUUGCUGCAUCCAAAGUCCAAAGGACACAUGACACUAUUGUCUAAGGACCCCAAAGAGUCUCCUUUGUUUUUCCCAAAUUAUUUUACGGAUCCUGAGAAUCAUGACAUUAAAAUAUUCAUUGGAUCUAUCAGGGAAGCUCAGAGGAUAAUCAAAAGCCCAUCUCUGCGAAAGUAUGAUGCUAAAAUAGUUGAUACACCAAUUCCUGGCUGUGAGGUGCACGGCUUUGAUACCGAUGAAUACUGGGAAUGUGCACUGAGAACCCUAAUGAGUAGUAUAUACCAUCAAACAACCACUUGUAAAAUGGGACCUCCAAGUGAUCCAGAAGCAGUAGUUAAUCCAAAGCUGCAAGUGUACGGUGUUAAGAAUCUAAGAGUGGCGGAUGUCAGUAUUGUUCCUCUCACAAUUUCUGGCCAUACCCAGGCAGCUGCUUAUAUGAUUGGAGAGAAAGCGUCUGAUAUAUUGAAGGAGCGUUAUCACCUGUAAAAGUAACAUAAAUACGCUUUAUCCACUGUAUUGAUUUUUACACUUUUUAUUUUAUCUGAAUAUAGCCAACCAUGGGUCAAAAAAAUUAUCCGAUUUGAAAUGAGAUAUUCUGGCGUGAUCUACGAGGAUUUGUUACAGCUAUGUCUCUUCCCCCCGCAAUAAUUAAAAUCUGCAGCAUACUUAGUGUCCAUUGUCCAUAUAGGCAGAACACGAAAAUCACUCGCCAACACUUAAUUCAUGCCUCGCGGACUUAUAUUCUAUCGAUUACAAUUAAGUUUUCCCAAUAAAAUCAUGAAAAAAUUAGGCUCCCGAAAAAGACCGGAUCUGUAAAUUAGGUGAUGGGACCAUUUUUUUCAUUCAAAUAUAAUUAUAAUUUGAUACUAUGAAAUAUAUGUAUAAGGAAAUUUUAAACUUUUCUGACCACCUUGUAGUGUAGUUUUUUAGUUCUGGUUAAUUCUUUAGGGCUUACAGAGAGGGUGACACAUUUAUUUUUCCUCCUCUCUAGAAAAUUUGCCUCUCUAUCCUCUUCUAUCGGCGCCUAUGGCGUUGAACUUACUUCCGAGCACAAAACGUUUGGAUCAUAAAACAGAAAACAUAUAACCAUUGAGACCACGCCCCUUAUCCUCGCUACUCGCUGUCGCAAUCCAAUUAAAUAGUAGUAUAGGCGUUGCCAGUAUUUGCCGUUUUAUCCCUAUUAGCCUGAAUUAUUUGGCAGCAGCAUUGAAAUAUUCAAAUAAAUUUUAAUAGAUAAUUUUGAAAGGAUACAUUUGAUACAAGAUCUUUUGAGGCUCUACAGAUUUUAGAUAUUUUACAAUUAAUUAACUGGGAAAGUUUGCGAAUUGAGCAGAAGCUUUUUAAGCCAAGUAUUUUAGGCACGUGGUUGAGCUGGCAUUGAUGUAUCGACUAUUGACAUUUGACGUUCAUGGCAUUCUCGGUUGACAUUCAACCAGUGUUACCAAGUCUACCGGUUUUUCGGUAGAUCUGCCGAUUUUGAUCCUGGUCUACCGAAGCAAAAUCUACCGAAAAGUGGACUUUCCUUUCAAAUGAAUAAUUUUUGUUCACUAUAUAAGAGAAAUAUUUCUAAUGCAUAGCGAUAAAAAGAAUGACAAAAGUACUAUUAUUAUUUAUACUAGACCAGAUAUAUUCUAAUUCUCUUUGCCUGACAUUGGUGUGCCACAUACGCUGAUUCUUCGGAUCUGCUGAAUCACCGAAGAUACUCGAUAAUUGUACGAUUUCGUGUACUUAGUAAUUCCGAAUUCGGCCAGUAUUAGUAUUGCCUGGCUUGCAUUCAUUUUUUUUAUAAGGAAAACUGAACUUUGCAAGGCUGGCUUAAAAAAGUAAUAAAGGUCGCGAUUAUGCGGAAUGCAUGGUCUGUGAUAAAGAUAUUAAUAUCAAAAGUGGAAGAGAUGCACUUAUAAAACACGAAAAUGGGCAAUUUCAUAAAAAAAGUGCAAAUCAUAGCAUAACAGCCAAAACUGUUAUCAUUUGCAGUUGCAGGUGCAUAAAAUAAAUUAGAAAAUCAUAUUGAAGAAGGUAAAAUUAAGUAAUCUAUAUGAGAAGAUUUGAGAUUAUAUAUAUUAUUUUAUUAUUUCCAGGAGAAAGUCGUUUGAGCGCAUUUUUGGCCGAGCAUAAUUUGCCAUUCCUGCUGAUGGACCAUUUGGCAAAGCAAAAUUAGUAGAUAAUAUGACUGAUAAAAACUUAUACAAAAAUGAAUCGGAAGAAUGAUUAUCCAAUAUAGCUUACACAUUUUUAUUUUAUACACUGUUUCUGUUUUUUAUUUAGAAUAUUUUAUUUUUAGUUAGCUAAAGUGAGAUAUAAACUGUUUAUUUUUGUUUUGUCUUUCUGUUUCAGAGUAUAUUUUGAGUUAAAUAAAAUUGUUUUAAGUAAAUGCCUUCAUUUACUCUUCGGUAUUCAAUCUACCGAAAAAUUCCAUACAAUUCUACCGAAAUAUCGUCGACUCCACCUGGCAACACUGCAUUCAACUGUCAUUUGUCGUCUGUGACUGCCUGCCUGUGAUUGUGAUGUUAUUGCUGCGACUUGCAUUUUACACUGUUUUUACCAAUUUAGUUAUGUGAUAGUAAAUAUUUCUGUGCUUUCAAAGACAAUUUUCUUUUACUGAUGCAUCGUUUGAAAGUUUCCAAGCACUUGCCGUUAUGACCAACUGCCUUUCUGUCCUCAGACGAAUUAAAUUUCGUACUGAGGACUUCUCAUAGGUAACUAUAUAGCUGUGUGUAUAUACAUAUCACUGCCCACCAAUAUACUAUUUAUGUAUUAUUAUUUUAUAAGGUAUAAAUAUACCUUCAGCACUACUGCAGGGAUCAGGCAAAUGAAUGGAUGAUUGAACGAGAUCAGUGUAGGUUGUAAGUAAACAAUAAAAAAUAUAUACAAAAAAGGAGCAUGUAUUUGGAAGUAAUCAAAAAACUGUUAAACUUGGAGUCACUGUACUGGUAGAGCUGAGCGCCCUGUACAAGGGCUGUAUGUUGUUUUUGAGUGAAGCUGUUGAAAGACAGUGACAUUAAAUGUAAUUACAUGUCUUUAGUUCAAGUUGUGUGAAUAUUAUUAGUGUUGUGAACUCCAGUAUUUCCAUCUAACUGGAAGCUUAUAUCUGCUGUACUCUUGUUCACAUAUUUGUACACAUGGCCCCACCAGGUGAUAGAGUUUUUAUCCUACCUAAAUUUAAUAAAAACUGGUAAUAUCAUAAGGUUUACAUUAUCAAUCUCUGUUUUCUGGCAGUUUAUUGAAACUAAAUAUCUGAACCUCAGGACCAGGCUAGGUCAAGUCUAAGGGCCAUAUCGUCAGUCGUUCCUACAAUUGUAGGAUGCCUUUAUGGACUCCUCGAUUUUCAUAGUUUUCUACUUUUCAGUGUCAGCGCUCUAUUUUGAGGAUAUGUCACAACUAUCUAUUUACUUCAAACUGUUCAUGCUUUUGACUUAUAUCAUAUUUUGUCCCCCUGAAAUUUUCUACAAUUCGAAAAGAAAAGGAUAAGUUUCAGGGGCUACUUUGGAAGUUGUGUUAAAUUGUCUGAUUAUCUCAAAACUAUGUAUUUGGAUUUAAGCUAGUCUGUCUCUGAGGUACAGGAUUGAGUUCUUACUAAUGUUUUGUCCUACAUACGUGGUUUCCUUUAGUGGCCAGAAAACAUGAUGAUUUAUUAGCAUGAAAAUUACAUGAUAAGUUUACACUGUAGUCCUGAUAUCCCUAAAACUCCACGAUUUUGCUUUAUCCUCAAAAAAUAAUUUGUAGAACGUAGAAUGUUACAAGUUGAUAUAGAAAAGUAGGUGUCCCAUUUUUUAAGAAACUUAUGGCAUUAUUUUUUGGGUUCUAUAUAGCAUUCCAAAAAUAUAUAUUUCUGGGAUAUUAUGGUUCUAUACUUUGCUCAAUUAUAAGUCCAUUAUAGUUUCACCAUGCUGAAUCCAAAACAAAGGUUUACUCUGCAUUACACUUUUGAACUGUUGGUACAGUUGGAUGAGUCAGCCUAAAAAGACAUGGUGGCAUUCCUUACUGUCUUCUAACUCAAAUUCACUGCACUUCUUGUGUUACUAUGACAGCCUGGCAAGGUUAAUACUAUACAAAUCCAAAAGCAUUAUACAAAGCCCUGGAUCACGUUUAUGGAUCCAUUAUCAUGUUGCCCUGAUCGAUGAAUGAAAUCACAGUUCUGAUUGAUGUUAGACUAAUGUUUUUUUUGCCUGUCAAGCCAGCUAUUUUUUAAGUUCAAGUCAAUAAUAAUGAAGUAGGUGAACAUUUGUACUUUGAAAAAGGCACCCUAACAUCUGUGAUUUCAUUGUGCGACCUACAAGAUAUGGAGAUUGAUCAGCAAAACAACCACAGGAUAGGAUGGGAAGUAUUGUAUUGUAUUUUUCAGUCAACCACGAUCUUCUGUGGCGUCGACGUCUGCGGACUCGCGUGCGUUCUAACCCUUUCAACAUGGCCCAAGUCGUGAGCCAGAAAAGAGGCCGCGGCAUUAGCAGCGGCGACACAUCUUCCGCUUCAUCCUCAUCCUCAAAUCAGGUUUCAACACUGGGAAAUGGAACCACCCCUGGAACGCUGACUGAUGAGCUUGCCGCUCUGUUCGAAUGUCCAGUAUGCUUUGAAAUUGUUCUACCUCCUAUCAUGCAAUGCCAGGUGGGACAUUUAGUCUGCGCAAGUUGUCGCCCCAAAUUAUCGUGCUGUCCGACAUGCCGUGGAACCUUAGGAAACAUAAGAAAUUUAGCGAUGGAAAAGGUGGCGAAUAAUUUAAUGUUCCCUUGUAAGCAUAAAUCAACAGGCUGUAGGAUGUCACUCGGACUUAAUGAAAAAGCAGAACAUGAAGAAAUUUGUGAGUUUCGACCAUACAGUUGCCCGUGUCCAGGAGCCUCAUGUUCAUGGCAGGGCCAACUGGACAAAGUGAUGGUACAUCUACAACAUGCCCAUAAAAAUAUAACGACAUUAAACGGCGAAGAUAUAGUUUUUUUAGCAACAGAAAUAAAUUUAGCUGGAGCUGUCGACUGGGUUAUGAUGCAGAGUUGUUUCGGUCAUCAUUUCAUGCUAGUUUUAGAAAAACAAGAAAAGAGUGAUGGUCAUACGCAAUUUUUUGCCAUUGUGCAGCUAAUAGGGUCAAGAAAACAAGCGGAACAUUUUGCUUACAGACUGGAGUUGAAUGGAAAUAGACGUAGACUGAUAUGGGAAGCUAUGCCGAGGUCGAGUCAUGAAGGUGUGGCUUCAGCAAUAAUGGGUUCUGACUGCCUUGUUUUUGAUAAUUCAAUCGCCCAACAUUUUGCUGAUAACGGAAAUCUAGGUAUAAACGUUACCAUUUCCUUAGUAUGCUAAAAGUGGAUCACUUCACGCUGAUUAUUGUAAAUAGUGAUUGAUUUCUAACACCAUUCCUGCUGUUUUAUAUAACGUUGAUUCAGGGAGUUGUCCAACCAGAGAGGCGUUCAGAAAUCUUUAUAACUUUCUUAAACCGACUUUUUAUUUUCAUUAUGUUCGAUAUUACUUCUUAAUCAAAAAAGUAUUGUUAAUUUAGUUGUUUUAUUAAAUAAAUAUAUUAAAACCGAA